AUGCGCCUUCUCUGGAACCAAAUUCCCAUUUGCAUGCUCCCGGAACCGCCGACACCCGACCGGCAAGACGCGUCGGCGGCGGCGGCGGCUGCGUGGAUCUACGCGAUCCUCGGACUCACCUCGGCGUGCGUGGUCUUGAUACUUGUCAUUCUCGUCUACCGCGCCAGGCACCGGCGCCACAAUGCGCUCGCCGAGCACGAAGCGACGUACGGAAAGCUCUCGGACACGGCCUUCCUAGUAAAAGACCUGCGCAUCGAUCCUGCUCUGCGGCGCUGCCGCAUUCCAGCGAGCUGCCUCACGCGCGGCGCGCUCGUGGCCAAGGGCGGCUUUGGCGUCGUGCACGUUGCGACGCUCAACCGCGGCCCCGAGUUUGUGGACCACACGGUCGCGCUCAAGAGUCUCCGGCCCGAGCGCGUGCACGAGCUCCGCGCCGUCCAAGCCUUUGUCGAGGAGAUCCGACUGGGCGCCUCUCUGCGCCACGACAACAUUGUCGGGUUCAUCGGUAUCACGUUUACGUCCGCGCAAAGUCCCAGCGCCGUGCUCGAGUACAUGGCGCGCGGCGACCUCUGGAGCGUCCUGAGCACCGAAAAGCGUUUUGUGUGGGCGACGGCCGACGACGCACCUGCUGCUGCGGGGAUUCGGAGCAAGGAGGCGGUUUGCUGCGACGUCGCCCGAGGCUUGGCCUACUUGCACAGCGAGGUGACGCCCGCCGUGAUCCACCGCGACCUCAAGUCCAAGAACGUGUUGCUCAACGAUGCGUAUGUCGCCAAGCUCGGCGAUUUCGGCACGAGCCGCGAGUUUGGACCGGACGACCAUGUGCUCACGGCCGAGGUUGGCACCGUGCCGUGGAUCGCACCCGAGGUGCUCAAGGGCACGCGCUACAGUGAAAAAGCCGACAUUUACUCGUUCGGCGUCCUCCUCUCGGAGCUCGACACGCGCCAAGUGCCGUACUUCAACCAGAUCGUGACGCUGCCCGUCGGUGGCGUCAACGUUACCCUCACCAAAGCCCGCAUUGCGAUGCUUGUUGCGGCCAACGAGCUCCGGCCAGCGUUCUCGCGAUCGUGUCCGCCUGCGAUCCUUGCCAUCGCGUCGCGCUGCCUCGCGCACGAGCCCGACGAGCGCCCGACCGCACAGAGGGACGUCUAUAAUAUCGUGUAA